UUCAAUCGCACGGGACUCAAUUUGCAGCAUGGCGAGUUUCGUCUGAGUCUCCGUCAAGAGUUGUUUGGUCAAUGAUGAAUUUCCACAAAAUAUCAGUUUACAAAUUAAAUUCGUCGAUAUGGAAUUGGACGAGAACAUGCUUACGUAAUAUUAUUUUGAAAGAUCUGGGAAUUAUCUGUUAAUGGGAACAGUUCUGUUACGAAAUGAAAAAAGACUAUGCGGAGAGUUACCUUCACAUCUCGUAACUACUGGUUGUCAUAAAAUACAAGGCCACAAAUAUAGAUAAUCUCAAUUGCAGUUUGCUGGAGUUUCGCGCCAGCAGCGGUUCACAUUUUCUGCAGUGCGCAAAACUAAUGUUAAGGUCGCGCAGAAAUUCCAAAAAAAGAAGAAAAUAAUUUUAGGAAGAACUUCAAUCGUCGCAUUCGAUUUUACAGAUCGAGAAAGUUAAGGAAUUAGUUUUUUUGAAUCAUGACGGAAGUGGUUCUUCGGGAUUUGGAAUCCGUUCUUCAAAAUCAAUUGGGAAAGGAAGUGGUUGUUGAAAAUUUUUCACAGCAUUUGCUUUUACCACCAGGAGAAAAUUAUGGAAGUACGAUGUUGUCGGUGGUAGCGAAUAUUAGGAAGAAGAAAAAUUUGAAAAGUGAAACUGUGCAUUUGGUGGCAAAAAUGCUGCCACCUACGAAUUUUCAGAGAGAAGUAUUUGACAGUAGUUUUACUUUUAGAAAAGAAAUUUUUCUUUAUGAGGGUGUUCUUCCUUGUUAUAAAAAAAUGGAGAUGGAAUUUGGAGUCGAGGAAAAGGAUACUUUUGAUAUUGGACCGAGAUUUUUUGGGUCUAGACUUUCUUCCAAAGAAGGAGUGGAUAUUGAUGAAGAUGCUGUGAUUUUGUUGGAGAAUUUGAAAGUGCGAGGAUAUUACACAGGCGACAGAAAAUUUGGAUUGGACGUAGAGCACGCUAGGGUGGCAAUCCGGGCCCUCGCAAAAUUCCAUGCCCUCGGAAUGGCAGUAAAAUAUAAACGACCAGAUCAAUUCGAAGCAUUAAAAAUCCGCUGCAAGUGUCUCGCCAUGAAUCCAGAUGCUUUUAAAGGAAUGAAGGAUUCAAUUAUUCAGGCCAUGCAAUCAGAUCCAGAAAUAAAUAAAUACAAAUCAAAUUGGGAACCCAUCAUGGAAAUGGAUCCAGAAAAUUGGACUGGAAUUCCUGUAGAACCCUGGUCUACAAUUAUCCAUUCUGAUUUUUGGGUGAACAACAUAAUGUUCCAUAAAAACUCAAGUGGCCAAGUCGACGAUAUAAAAUUCAUCGAUUUCCAAAAUUACCUUUUCCAAAAUCCAAUUAACGAACUAGUCUUCUUUAUCGGUGCAAAUUUAAUUACAGAUUUAAUACCGAAAAAUCUCGACAGCCUUUUGGAUUUGUACUACGAGAGCUUUGUAUCAGUUUUAAAAAAAAUGGAAUGUGACGUCUCAAUUUUCGGAAGAGAGAAAUUUGAUGAAAUAGUUCAAAGAAGUGCUAACAAAGAAUAUAGUCAUUGUGCUUUUAUGCUUAAGGUUUUGACGAUUGAUGUUGAGAAUGAUGGACUUGAUGCCCAAAAAUUGCAGUCUAUGAAAUUUGAUUCUGUUAAUACCAUUUUUUUUGAUAGGAUGAGGAAACUUACAGCGUUGUUUGUAGAAAGAAACUGGAUAUGAUUUUUACUUUUUAGAAUUUAUAGUUCGGAAACUGACAAGAGAUUUACAAUGCUAAUUGGAAGUAAAUCAGGAAAUACAUAAAGUAGACAAUGAAAUAAGCAGAAAGAUGAUAGUGAGCCAGUAUAAAAUGUUUCUUAUCAAUUAUUGAAAACUGAUUGAAUUGAUAAAAUUCCUGAGGUAACUUUCGUAAACAACUGAUUGGAUUAGGUGUUUACAGAUUUGUAUCAAAGCAUGAGUACUACUUAUACAAUAAUAAAUCAGAAUAAAGAAGUGCAACAUCAUCAGCGAUAAAUUUCCUCAAUAAAAGUCUUGUCAUUCGAGAUAAUGAAGAAAAUAUGUAGUUUCAUACAAAUUAUAUGAUUGUUUGCUUUGGCCUGGAUUAUACAAUUUCCCGCGAUUUCAAAUUCCAAGCUCUAAGGAUGUUGAAUGAGAUAAGAAUUCGCUGUUAUUAUUAGAAUAAUUAUGUUUUGAAAAUAAGGAUAUUAUGUGAUGCUUAUUUAGAGACCUCGGUGCGGCUGAACCAAGAUUAAAUAAAAAUUCCAGCUAAAUGGAAUUUUUCGAUUGUAUAUGCUAAUAUGGCACCCCAUUAACAUUUUUGGCUAAAAAUACAGAAAUUGGGUAUAAGGCGUAUUUUGAAAUAAA